AUAAAGUCGUCGUUUUUUUGGCCAAAGCAUGUCAGUUCAUUUUCGAUAAUCGACGGUGACAAUCCCCCCAAAAACCCAAGCGGCACAAUGAAUCCUCUGACGGUUGUUGCAGUUAUCUCCUCGAUGGCCCUCUCGGCUCAGGCUGGUCUGGCGCCUUUCUCCGCUCCCCUGGCCGCCGCUCCUCUGGGCGCUCCUCUGGCAUACUCUGCACCUCUGGGACCUGCACCGUACUUUGCCCCGGCUGCCUAUUCCGCUCCCCUGGGCUACUCGGCUCCUCUGGUGUCUGGACCAGCUCCUCUGGUGGCCAAGACCUAUGCCGCUGCACCCUUCGCUGCUGCUCCCUUUACUCCAUUCGCCGCUCCAGUUGCUGCUCGUCUGGCUGCUCCUCUGGCUGCCCCAGUUCCUGCUCCCCUGGCUGCUCCCGUUGCUGCUCGUCUGGCUGCCCCAGUUGCUGCUCCCCUGGCUGCUCCCGUUGCUGCUCCUCUGGCUGCCCCAGUUGCUGCCCCUCUGGCUGCUCCCAUUGCCCCAGUUGCUGCUCCCCUGGCUGCCCCAGUUGCCGCUCCUCUGGCUGCUCCAGUUGCUGCUCCAGUUGCUGCUCCCAUUGCCACCGAGGUUGUGGAUGCCUACCCGCAGUACAAGUACGCCUACGAUGUCCAGGAUACGCUGACCGGUGACUCCAAGACUCAGGAGGAGACCCGUGAUGGUGAUGUUGUUCGCGGCUCCUACUCCCUGAUCGAGCCCGAUGGUUCUCGUCGCAUUGUGAGCUACUACGCUGAUGAUAUCAACGGAUUCAAUGCUGUCGUGCAGAAGGAUGUGCCUGUGGCCGUUGCUCCAGUUGCUCCAGUGCUGGCCAAGACUGUGGCUGCUCCCGUGGCCGCUGCUCCAGUUGUGGCUGCUGCCCCAGUGGCUCCAGUUUUUGCCAAGACUCUGGCUGCACCCAUAGUUGUCUAAAGAGGAGGAUAAAGAGAAGGAGAAACAGAGACAACUCGACAAAGGACUUUCAUCUGUACAUAUUCGAUUAAUCAUUGUC